AUGAAAAGAAGCUCAAAACGAGGAGAUGACGACGUUGUUAGAUACUUUACUUUUGCAUGUGUUAAAAAUGACCCGAAGAAAAAAUCCACUGGAAAGAAUUCAUUUGCCCCAAAACCUUCAACAAAAACGGAUUGUAAAGCCAAGAUAAGAUUUUCAUUGUGUGAUGAUGGGAAUAUUCGAGUGACAACAGUUCAUCUUGAUCACGACCAUUUGUUAAGCCCCGGAAAAGCACGUCAUUUUCGAUGUAACAGAAAGAUAGCUGAUCAUGUGAAAAGAAGGCUUGAGAUAAAUGAUGAAGCAGGGAUUGAAUUGAGUAAGAACUAUCAUUCUCUUGUUGUAGAAGCUAAUGGGUAUGAGAAUGUUACCUUUAAUGAGAUAGAUUGUCGCAACCAUAUCGAGAAAGUAAGAAGAAGCAAACUUGGUGUUGGAGUUGCAGAAGCAGUUUGCAAAUAUUUUUCUCAAAUGCAAGAAGUCGAUAAAAACUUCUUCUCAGUCGUGGACAUUGAUGAGGAGUCUCGAAUUAGAAACUUGUUCUGGGCAGACGGACGAAAAAAGUUGAGUGGAUAUUCCGAAUAUGAAGAUAUCAAUACUUUCAUGCAAACAGUUGUUUAUGAUGCUCGUACUGAAGAAGAGUUUGACAGUGGGUGGUCAAUGAUGAUUGGUGGCUAUAAUCUUCAUGAUAAUGAAUGGCUGCAGGGACUAUAUACUGAUAGAGAACGGUUUGUUAAUCAUAAAACCACUUUGAAGCAAUUUGUUGCUUUAUAUGAACAAGCCUUGAAAAGAAAAGUUGAGAAAGAGAAUAUGGCAGAUUAUGAGUCUUGGAAUUCUCGAUUUCAUUGCUUGAGAAAUUAUGAUAUUGAAAAGCAAUUUCAAAUUGAAAAUUCUGUAUAUGAGUACAAUGUUGAAGAAGAUGUAAAAGUUGACGACAUCAGAAAAGAUGUGACUUUUACUUUUAGAGGAAUUCUUUGUAGACAUAUCAUGUCUGUGCUAAUUGCAAGAAGAAUAAAUGAAGUUCAUCCUCGUUAUAUUUUGCAUCGAUGGAGAAAGGACCUAAAACGAAGAUAUACAUUGGUGAGAAUUGGAUAUAAUCCUUUGAGCCAACAAAUACAACGAUGUGAAAAAAUAUGCACGGCAUUCCACGAGGUUGCUGUAAUUGCUAUGGAUGAUGAAGAAAAAUAUGAGUUUGGUGAUGAAAUGCAUUCGAGAAUUAAAGUAAAAAUUACCAGUGGUGAAUUAAAUAAGAAGGAAACAACUCGAGCAUUUUCUUCACAACCUCAAAAUUAUGUUGAGCAACGAAAAGUGUUAGGUGGAGCAAAUACAGUUUUGAGUCUUGUGGUUACUCGAGGGAAAGGGCGUCCUGCUACUAAAAGAAAAAUUUUGAGAUUGGAAGUCGUGGUUCAAAAGCUUAAAAAAAGGAAUCAAAACAAGAAGCUUAAGGAGACUGCAACAAAGAACUUGAAAUGCACAAAGGCGCCCAUGAAAACAUUGGAAGCCGACAACAUAUGCGAUCCAACUGCUUUUAAAGCUACAUUCAAUAAUCUUGAGGUUAAUCAAGUUCCGAGUUUUGAAAGAUAUUACAUGCCAAGGCCACCCGAUCUAUGCAUUUAUUCUCAUUCAGCUCAACUUCAAGAAAAGGGUACUACAUCCCACGGCCACCCGCUUCACCCAUUUAUCCUGAAAGUAGUUCGAUUCAACUUCAAGAAAAUGUAA